AUGCCAAAUAAUGAUACUGCAAGUGUGUUUAAUGGAAUUAAUCAAUAUUUCACUAUAGGCGACAAUGAUUAUUUGGAAAUUGUCCGAACUGGUAUUCUCACUAUAGAAGCAUGGUUUCGACCUGAUACACUACAAUUCGACUAUGAGGAAGGAAGUGGUUAUGUCUGGUGGAUGGGAAAAGGGAACAUACAACAGCAAAGUUGGGCUGCAAGAAUGUACAGUUAUAAUAACACCGAAGGACGUCUUAAUCGUAUUAGUGGUUAUGCAUUCAACUUAUCUGGAGGCUUAGGAGCUGGAAGUUAUUUUCAAGAUAACGUUAUCGUUGGACAAUGGAUUCUGUAUACUCUCACUAUUAAUACAGUUAAUGUUAGUAGCACUUAUCCAACUGGUUAUACGAAAAUUUUCAAGAACGGAGUUGAGCGUGAUCAAGACCCAUUAUUAGGAUACGGUAUUAUACCACAAAAUGGCACAGCACCGAUGCGCGUUGGAACUCGACAACUACAAUCGUUUUUUAAAGGAGCAAUUGGAAAGGUUGCAGUGUUUGAUUAUGAAUUGAACUCUAAUCAGAUACAAAUUCAUUUUAAUUAUUUAAAAAAUCGAUGCCUUUUAUUUUCGAUAAAAUCAUUAUUGGCUAGUGUUUUUAUACUUGUCCAAAAUAAAGAAUCAUAA